AUGUUCAGAGGCGGCCAGCCCAAUCCAUACGAUGACAUCGUCGCGAAGACUACCGAUGAGAACCUGACGGGCGAGAAUUGGGAGUUGAUACUCAAUCUCUGUGAUAAGGUCCAAGAAGAGGGCGAACAGGGUGCGCGAAAUGUGAUCGCUGCGUCGCUGAAGCGUUUGGCGCAUCGCAACCCCAAUGUCCAACUGUAUACCCUCACAUUGGUUGAAGCAUUGUCCAAGAAUUGUGGCGUUGAAGUGCAUCGAGAGAUUGCCUCCCGCGCAUUCACGCAAGGCUUGGAGAAGCUGGUGACCGAUCGGACAACGCACGACAGGGUCCGGAAGCGCAUCUUGAAUCUGGUGGCCAUUUGGACCGCCGAGUUUGAGAAGGACCCAGCCCUUGGCUUGAUGGAGGAAUGCCAUGAGAGUCUCAAGUCCAAAGGUUUCAAGUUCGAAACUCCUAACGAGCCUCCUCCACCCGAUGUUGAUGACGAGGUACGGCGCCGAGAGGAGGAAGAAUUGCAGCGAGUGCUGGAACUGUCAAUGCUCGACAAGGGUGGUCGUUCACAGUGGAACUCGUACUCGCUUGCAUCGUCUACAGGCGCCAGUGGUUCCGGGGUAGGAGGCUCGAGGCAAGGUUUGCCGUCAUCAUCUGCUACUUCAGGACCCUCCAGCUCCUCAUCUGGGCCCGCGGGCGCACCUUCGUCUCAGUCUUCGCAGCCGCCAAGUUACGGCGGAUACGUCCCUUCGUCGGCCACCCCUGCGGUUGCUUCUGUUCAACCUCACCAAUCUCCGUCGACUGUCUCCACAGUUUCGAGUGUCACUGUUACCAGCUCCUCACCAGUCUCCGUUCAUUCAAACCAGGACAGUAUCCCUAUCGUGACCCGUGUCAGGGCGCUCCACACCUUCGAACCUUCAGAGCCGGGAGAACUCGCUUUCGAAAAGGGUGACAUCAUCAAGGUCGUCGAUCGCAACUACAAGGAUUGGUGGAGAGGGCAGCUGAAGGGUCGCACUGGUAUAUUCCCGGUCAAUUAUGUGGAACCUUUGCCCGAGCCUACCGCGGCGGAGAUCGCUCGUGAGGCUGAGCAGGAGGCGGCCGUCUUCGCCCAAGCAGCUAAUGUUGACCGUCUACUUCUGAUGCUUCGUACCAUGGAUCCAGCGAAGGACAACCUAGCAGACAACGAGGAGAUUCAGGAAUUGUAUCGAUCCUGCAUGACAUUGCGUCCCAAGAUUGUGAAGUUGAUUGACAAGUACUCUCAGAAGCGGGCUGACCUCGUAUCAAUGAACGAGAGCUUUGUGAAGGCACGAUCCAUUUUCGACAGGAUGAUGGAAGAGAGCUUGGCUCGCCACACCGGUGGUAUGUGA